AUGGCUACCCCCAGUGUCCUUACCUUUGAUGCUGAGGGUCGUGCUGUUGACUUUGAGGUAUGGGUCGAUGACCUCCAGCUCUUCCUACAGUGCGAUAGGGCAGACGGACUCUCCCUGUUUGAUCUCACCUCUGGUGCCUCUCCUACCCCGCCUGCUACUGCUGACAGCACUGUUUGCUCACAGUGGGCCACACGCGAUGCUGCUGCCCGUCUUGCCAUGCGUCGCCACUUACCGACCACUGAGCGUGCGCACUUUAGUCAGUACAAGAGUGCUAAGACCUUGUACGAUGCUGUAGUUGCACGCUACUCUUCCCCUGCCAUUGCUGCUCUUAGCCGCCUCAUGCUGCCGUACUUGUUCCCUGACCUUGCUGCCUUUCCCACAGUCGCUAACCUCAUUACGCACCUUCGCACUAGUGACACUCGCUACCGCGCUGCGCUUCCUGCUGAGUUCUGUGCCAAGACCCCCCCCCCCAUGUACAUCACCCUCUACUACAUAGUCACCCGACUCCCUGACUCCCUUCACUUAGUCAGGGACCACUUCCUCUCAGUUUGCCCCACCACACUCACCGUUGACCUCCUCGAGGAGCGCCUCCAGGCAGCAGAGAAGAGCAUAGUUGCUGUAGGAGCCUCUCGUGACGCCGCACAGGCAAAGGCAAGGGGGGCAAGGGCGCUGGAGGGGCUGGCGGGGGCGGUGGAGGUGGCGGUGGAGGAAGUGGAGGGAGUGGGGGUUGUGGUGGGAGUGGUGGCGGGGGUGGAGGUGUCGGUGACAGCAGUGGAGGCGGAGGAGGCGGCAACGGUGGCGGUGGGAGCGGAGGCAACGGAGGUGGGGGAGGCGGCGGCAGUGGAGCUGGUCGCGGGGCGCCUGGCGGACACCGGCAUGGGAUAA